CCCUCCCCGGUCCCGCCCCGAGAGCAAAGGGCGCUGCCCAAAGCCGGACAGGUCUAGCGGCUGGCCUGUGUGAAAUCGCGCGGCUCCCUCCCACGCAGUGUUGUGAGUGAACCCCGGAAAGUUGAUCGCCAUGUCGACUGCAGAGGCGGCGGGUGUUUUCCAUAAAGCCCGGAACAGGACCCUGGACGCGUUUCCCGCAGAAAAGGAAGGGGAAUGGAAAGGCCCAUUCUACUUCAUCCUGGGCACAGACCCACAGUUUGGGUUGAUGAAGGCCUGGUCCACUGGGGACUGUGACAAUGGUGGUGACGAAUGGGGACAGGAGAUCCGUCUAACUGAGCAAGCUGUCCAGGCUGUCAACAAGCUGAACCCCAAACCCAAAUUCUUUGUUCUGUGCGGCGACCUCAUCCACGCCAUGCCCGGGAAGCCGUGGCGGAAGGAGCAGACAGAGGACCUGCAGCGAGUGCUCAAGACAGUGGACAGGGCCAUCCCACUGGUCCUUGUCAGCGGCAACCACGACAUUGGCAAUGUCCCCACAUCCGAGACCAUUGAGGAGUUCUGCCAGACUUGGGGAGAUGACUACUUUAGCUUCUGGGUCGGAGGUGUGCUGUUCCUGGUCCUCAACUCCCAGUUCUACGAGAACCCCUCCAAAUGUCCUGGCCUGAAGCAGGCACAGGACCAGUGGCUGGAUGAGCAGCUGAACAUCGCGAGGCAGCGGAACUGCCAGCAUGCCAUCGUCUUCCAGCACAUCCCACUGUUCCUGAAAAGCAUCGAUGAGGAUGACGACGACUACUUCAACCUCAGCAAGCCCGCUCGGAAGAGGUUGGCAGACAAGUUCAUCCACGCAGGUGUCAAAGCCGUGUUCUCAGGCCACUACCACAGGAAUGCUGGGGGCACCUACCAGAACCUCGACAUGGUGGUGUCAUCCGCCAUCGGAUGCCAGCUGGGCCUAGACCCCCACGGGCUCCGAGUUGUGGUGGUCACUGCUGACAAAAUUGUUCACCGAUACUACAGUCUGGAUGAGCUGAGUGAGAAAGGAAUAGAAGACGAUCUCAUGGAUUUGAUAAAGAAAAAAUGACGGUC